GCCUGGUUCCCACAGCCAGGGCUUCCCGGGCCCCGAAGGAGACCAGAAGCAGCUCGGGGACAGCCCCUAUGGAGUCCAGCUGUGAGGAGGAAGCCAUGGCCCCAGCCAUCCCCCCGCUGGGGCCCAACGAGAGGUUCCACCUGUUUGUCAGCUACAGCAGCGUGGACGCCACGUGGACCCACGGGCUCAUCGGCCGCCUGGAAGCCGACCACGCGGGGCUGAGGGUCUGCCUGCACGAGAGGGACUUCACCCCGGGCAGGAACGUCCUGGAGAACAUGGCCGAGUGCAUCCAUCAGAGCCAGAAGGUGCUGCUGGUGCUGAGCCAGGACUUCGUGCAGAGCCGGUGGUGCCUCCUAGAGGCCGACCUGUCCCUCUUCGGCUACUGCCUGGACAGGAAGCCAGUCAUCCCUGUCCUGCUGCGGCCCUGCCAGGUCCCGCUGCACCUCAGCCACCUGACCUACCUGGAGGCCACGGACAGCAGCUUCUACAACAAGGUGGCGCGGCUCCUGUGCACGCCCAGCCACCGCAUGGCGUGCCCCCUGCCCGGCCGGCACCCCGUCCCUGCUCUCUACAGUGGGAAGACCCUCCUGACCGUGAACUGCAUCAACAGGACCAGCCUGCCCUCUUGGAAGGUGGGGACCUUCAGCACCCUGGGUGUCCCGGACCCCUUGAAGGAAGUGUUGCAGGACCCCGAGGUGUACAAGCAUGCCGUGGGCAUCCUGAAUGGGGCCAAGUCCCCCAGGUCCUGCCUCCGGUACCUGGGCUGCAGGGUGCCUCUCGGCAUCUUCCUCCUCCUUCUCUCCGGGGUUUUCAUCAUGCUUACCGUGGUUUCCUUUGCCCGGCCUGAUCCCCGGGAUCUGCAGCUCCUACCAGCCACCACCUGUCUGUUUUUAAGCCUUCUCUUCAUCACCUUAGCAGUUAACACCCUGUGUUGGUUCAGAAGGUUUUCUAGGAAGAAGAUGCGGGAGCUGGUCCUCAGGGUGGGGGAGGCCAACCAGCUGCUGGCGCCACACUCCGUGCUGAUGGGCUGCGAGACCCUGAACCAGCUGUCCUUCGUGUUCGUGCGGCUGGAGGACUGCCGGCAGGUUUUCCUUGCAGCCCCCGAGGGCGAGGCCCUGUUCCAGGAGGCCCUGCUGCAGUUCUCCUGCGCCUAUGCCUGCUGCCUGGUGCAGGCACACUUCCCCCACUGUGGGGAUGUCACAGCAGCUCGGAGCCACCUGCAGCCCGGCCUGUGUUUCUGCCAGUACGUCUCUGUGCAGCUGGAGGGAGCCGGAGGCUAGCCCCAGGGGAUGAUGGGAGGGCCCUGGGCAGUGGCUCGUGUGGGACUCGCAGCCGCCCCUAGGCCGCACUGUGGACAUGACAAUGGGAGGCCUGGCUGGUGCACAGCUUCUCACCUCUGCUUAGGCGUGGGAAGUGGGGCAGCCCACGGCCCCUGCAUGGCCUGCUCUAGGGCAGAGGUGACUGCUGUCAGCCCACCAGAGCUGGUGUCCUGCUCUGGCCUGACAGGUUGGGGAGGGGGACUUUGGUCAAACUCCCUGAGAAGAGGCCAGGGAAGGAGUGGGCUCACCUAGGAGCCCUGAGGUGCCAGGAGGACUGGCCUGCCCUCAGAGGACACAGUCACUGCCUGUCUGGAUGGCCAGUGUAUGUCCAGGGGCCAGAGGCAGCGCCCUUGGGCCCCCUCUCUGAGCAGCUCCUCCAAGCACCUGCCCUUUGUUCUUGGACAAGGAGAUGGAGACAAGCUCACCCCUAGAGACUGGGGCACAGACACACCCCACUCCGAGCUCCCGCCUUCGGUGCCAGAGCCUUGGGUUGCCAAGCAGAGCCGUCCUCGUCCAGAAACAGGGGUGGGAGCAGGGGAAGGUCUGCGCGGUGCUCAGUGUGGACACCCCAACAGACCUGUGCCUCUGGCUGUUGACUCCAGACCAGUGCACCCUGCCUGCUCCGCCCUGGCCCCAGGUCCUGAAAGGAAGACCCAGCCUCUCUCCAUCCCCACCUUCUGGGGAGGGUGUGCUUGAUGCUCAACACUGCCCCCCGGAGCCGCAGCCGUGCCAGAGUCCUCAUCCUCACCGCCGACUCUGACCAUCCCACAGGAACAGGUGGCACCCCCACAAGGUGACCGAGAACCAAUUCUGGACAUUGGGGACAGAGCAGGGAGCACUGCAGGCUGCACCGUCCCUGAGCUGCACGGCCUUCAUCACUCUGCACCCGCAGGGAGCGGGACCCUCACCUCCUGCCUCCUGCCUCUCCCCAGAGAACGCCUGUAGCUCCAGCCCAAGCAGAGGCAGGACCUGGGAGGUGAGGGGUGGCCCUGGGGCUCUGGCCUGGGCCUUGGUUUACGCAUCACUGAAUGAGCAGUUGGCAGGUGAUGUCCCAGCAGACCUGAAGUCCAGCGCUGGGCAGGUGUCCCUGUCUCCCCUGGAACCCUCGGGCCAUGGCCAGGCUCGGUACUGGCGAGACUGGCUCAGCUGCUCUGUGGAUCGCUGCCUCCGUCCACUGUUUGGCCCACAGGGCCCUGAACGACCCUCGCUGCCCCCUGGCCCCAGGCACAGGCCUCCAGUAGCUGCAGACACCAACCAGCAGAGGCCCCUCCUACACCUUCCCAGCCGCCCUUGUGGGCGACCUUCCCGUAGGGGUUGGGCCUGUGUCAUCCUGCUGUGACCUUCCUGACCUGUGAGCCUCAGUGUGACCUGCCCAGUCCUAUAGGGACCUGCAGUUCUGGAGGCUCUGUGGCACAGGCAUGAAGUCACAUGGGAACUGGCCUCCUUCUGACCCCCAGGUCCCAGGCUCCCCACCUUUCUUCCUGCAGCUCCUUCACGGCGGUGCCGGUGCUGCCGGAGACCCGCUGUGCCAGGGGCUGGCCUGACGAGCACAGAGUCUGUGUUUGGGACGGCGACCUCGGUGUGGGCUGUAGCGACCGACCUGAGUGGGGUCUCCACCGCCUGGACCCCGUCCCUGUGUCCCUGGGCCUGGCCCUCAGCGAGUGUUUGCCUGACUUCCAGGUGUUAACCUUGAAACGGCCUUGAGGACCAGGGCUCUGAGGGCUGUGACUCGUGAAUAGUGGCAGGUGCGACGGGAAGUGAGGAAGGCAGCCAGGGGCGCGGGGGAGGCUGGCUCCUGAAGGAGCAGCCGGUGGCAGUGGUGUGACCAGGGAGAGGCCAGCCCCCUACGCCACUGUCCCCUACGCCACUGUCCCCGAGGAGCACAUGGAAUUUCUCUUGUUCUCCUUGAACCCACCGCCCGCGCCGUGGGGUCCCUCAUCAGGGAUCCUGUUCACCGGACGCGCUGUGCGACAUUUCCCACUGGGAACGUUUUCUCUCGCACCACCGAAGCCCCGGCAGCUCUCACGCCCCGGGAGGCUCUUCGGGGCGGUGGGCCGGGCUCCAGGACCCCUCCCUGAGGGCAUCGGUGGUUGGUGAGCUGUCGGCAGGGAAGGCGGCCAAGCGAGUUGCAGGUUGCUGAGCCUGACGGGCUGGGCAGCAGGAGCCGGCCCGCUUCUCCAGGAGGCCACAGCUUCACACCCCAGGGGACCGCGGCGACACCCACGAGGGUCGAGACCCCUCCCUCCCCGUCGGGUACCGGACUGUGGCGGGGAACAGGGAGCAGGUGGAGGUGAGCACAUGCGCAAUGGAAGCCAAAAUGGCGCAGGGGGAGGUGCUGGUCCAUAGAAGCCUGUCAGUCUAGCCUGGGCAAGCCAUCAAUUGGCUAGGGGGGUAGGGGGUGGACCCAUCGGAAGAAGCCUGUGAAAGCUUGGGAAGUCGAUUGGUUGUUUUGAAAAAGCUCGUGGGCCGCCCUGGCUGGUGUGGCUUUGGGUAGAGCGCGGCCUGGGAACCAGAAGGUUGUCGGUUCGAUGCCUAGGCACAGGUCUGGGUUGCGGGCCGGGUCCCCUAGGGCACAGGACAGGCUACCACACAUGGACGUUUCUCUUCCUCUCUUCCUUCCUGCCUUCCCGUCUGUCUAAAAAUAAAUAAAAUCUCUAAAAAGCCCCCCCAACCCGGCUCUC